UACCCCCAGGAACCCUCCAAAAUGGAGCCCUUUGCAGCCCCGAAUCCAUUAAAGUGCUCCAUCCCCAAGGCCAGAGUGAUCGCCGUUUUGUUGUCUAUGGUCCUGUGCUCCGUCACGCUGUUCCUGCUACAGCUCAAGUACCUGAAACCUAGAAUCAAAGACUUCUAUUCUUUUGAAGUGAAGGAUUCCAGAGGAAGAACUAUUUCUUUGGAAAAGUACAGAGGCAAAGCUUCGCUGAUUGUAAACGUGGCCACUAACUGCCAGCACACAGACAGAAACUACUUAGCGCUGCAGGAACUGCACCGGGAGUUCGGCUCCUUCCACUUCAACGUCUUAGCUUUCCCGUGCAAUCAGUUCGGAGAAUCGGAGCCCGGCCUUAGCCACGAAAUAGAAGCUUUUGUAAAAGCCAACUAUGGAGUGACUUUCCCCAUUUUCCACAAGAUUAAGAUUCUGGGAUCUGAAGGAGAACCGGCAUUUAAAUUCCUUAUUGAUUCAUCAAAGAAGGAGCCAAGGUGGAAUUUUUGGAAAUAUCUUGUCAAUCCUGAGGGUAAAGUUGUGAAAUACUGGAGACCUGACGAAUCUUUGGAAGCCAUCAGACCAGACGUAGCAGCUUUGGUUAGACAAAUCAUCAUUAAGAAGAAAGAAGACCUUUGAAAAUGUCAUUAAGCAUUGAGAAUCUAUCUACAAAAGCAUUGGAAUAUCUGUCAUUUUGGUCACAUUUUAAUCAUUCCAAUAAUUCUGGUAUCCAAUUCAAUGUUGUCCAUAGGAUGGUGUCUUUUAAAUAAGUCCCCAGGAUAUAGAUGUUCCUCCCUCUCCCUGCCCUGCCCUCCCCUACCCCCCAAAAGAGAUUAUUCAGACUGGAAAUAAAAUUAAAAUUAAAUAUAGCCAAGACCCCUAUCAAAAAGAGUAAAAAUUUAGAAUACUUUAUCAAAGCUCACUAUUGUCCAUUUCACAAAUGUGAACCUUUUUGGUGCUUGUAAUUGAUCACCCCUAGAGUACUAUGUAAUCACCUCAGAGCACUAUGUAAAGACAAUUAAAUUUGAACAUCUGAUUAAAAAAUUUUUAUGAUUAAUAUUAGUAAGAAAAGGAAAAUGGAAGUAUUGUAAAGCAUAAAUGUGCAAUCUUAUGCAUAUUCA